UCAAUUUUCAGUCCCUCUUGUUUUGUAAUCUUACAUUGUCAUCAUGGUUUUAUUUAUUAAUAUUCCAGUUAUAAAAUGUUCGAGAACAGCGUUUCUGGAUCUUCCAGCAAGACGGGAACGAGCCUCUGCAUACUGAAACAUUAUCACCUUUCCUCAGAAUUGCUCACAAGUACCGCUCCUCUUUGCAUCCAAAUCAAAUUUCGGGAAUAAAAAGCCAUUUUUUUUAGUUUAAUAUUAAAUUCCUUCGUAGAUCAAUGUCUUCGACAAGUAAGAAGCGCCCAAAACCAAAGCCUGAUUCAUCUUCUUCUUCCGUUAGCUGGGUGAUUGAACCGCCGCAAAGCUUAUUUCCAUCGAAGCGAGAGUUGUUGAAUCUCGUAGCCGUUCUCGCCAUCGCAUCUUCAAUCGCUGUAACCUGCAAUUACUUUAGUAACCUUUUUAACCCCACACAGAACCCUUUCUGCGAUUCCAACAUAAUAGACUCCCCAGAUUCUCUCACAGAUGUUUGUGAGCCCUGUCCAAGUAAUGGGGAGUGUUAUCAGGGCAAACUGGAAUGUCUUCAUGGGUAUAGAAAGCAUGGGAGGUUGUGUCUGGAAGAUGGAGAUAUAAAUGAAACAGCUAAGCAACUCGCAGAGUGGGUGGAGAAUGUUCUAUGUAAAGCGUAUGCUCAACUUUUGUGUGGUGGAACUGGAGCGAUCUGGGUUCAAGAAGAUGACAUAUGGAAUGACUUAGAUGGACACGAGUUGAUGGAGAAUUUCAGGUCAGACAAUGCCACUUAUUUGUACACAAAGAAAAGGACAAUGGAGACUGUUGCUAGAUUUCUCGAGUCGAGGAUGAAUUCUUAUGGGGUCAAAGAGGUGAAGUGUCCAGACUUGCUAGCGGACCAGUACAAACCAUUCUCUUGUCGCUUACAUCAAUGGGUCUUCAGGCAUGCUCUAAUCAUUGUGCCUGUUUGUGCAUUGCUUGUGGUAUGCUCAUUGUUACUUUGGAAAUUCCAUCGAAGACGGUAUUUAUUAAUCAGAGUUGAAGAGCUCUACCACCAGGUUUGUGAGAUACUUGAGGAGAUUGCUUUGAUGUCAAGGGAGGUAAAUGGUGAAUGUGAACCAUGGGUGGUUGCCUCACGACUACGAGAUCAUCUUCUUUUGCCCAAGGAAAGGAAGGACCCUGUGCUUUGGAAGAAGGUUGAGGAAUUGAUACAGGAAGAUUCUCGAGUGGAUCAAUACCCAAAGUUGUUGAAGGGUGAAUCAAAAGUAGUAUGGGAGUGGCAAGUUGAAGGCUCUCUGAGUUCUUCAAGUAUGAGAAAGAAAGAAGACAGCAUCAAAUUGAAAUCAACUGAAGGCAAGGACAUUAAGUUUGAUCAACAGAAGCGCAUGUGGAAGGCUGAACCUAAAGCACUUGUCUUUUGACCCGGGACAAUCAGUACCUCCUAGUCUUCUCUACCUUAUGUGCUUCAGUCUAGACUCCGAAAAAAAAAUUGAGUAACGAGAUGGGUUGAUAAUUUGUUUAAUGGAAAGUUUUUCUUUUCCUUUUGCAAAAAAUUGGGCAUUUGGGGGAAUCAGGAAUUAUAUGAGUGGUUGUAUUCUACAUGUGGUUUGCCCCCAUAUUCGUUUUUCUUGGAUUCGCUUUUUCUGUGUACUAGGUAUAUAAAUUCGAGAGAAAUAGUAAAAUUUCCAAA